AUGUCUCAAGCUUCGGAAGAAGACAAUAAUGCUGCGGAGGCGAUUUCCCCAGAAUCACCGUUGACACCAGAUGGAAUGAUUCUGGCGCGAAUGCCAUGGCAUCCAGGUGAGAUUGAAACGAAAAUGAAAAUUCAAACAAAAUUCUGCUUUGAGGACUAAUUGGGAAUUGGAAUUCGGUCAAAUCGGUGAGCUGCGCAAUGCUAAAUAAUGAAGAGGUAGGCGGUGUGACGACAGCGAUGAAGCCCGCAAACACUCAUUCCCACUUGGUUUCCCUUUUCGAAAUGUCUUGCUCAUUUUAUGGAAAAUCUGCUUUCUAUGCGGCUCUCUACACAAACAUCAAGACGUGCCAACAAUGGCAAUUUCGAUUAACCGCCGCAGAUAGGAUGAAAACAUAGUUUUUUUUUCAUCCUUUUUCUCCUUUUCUGAUCCUAAGCCGAUUACUGAAAUGACAUUGAAGACGAACGUUAUCAGCUAAUAUCCUAUCUCAGCUUACAUUCCAUCUUGUAAACAAAUAUGUGCUCGACCCAAGGUGACAAGGCUAUAACUCGAUUUGCGGAUCGGAUUAGUCGACUUGAUUUCGCAUUCUCCCUCUAUGUCUGAUUCUCUUCAAAGAAGUUUUGAAGUUCGAUUUCACACUAGAUGAAAGUCGCUUUUUUCCCUUUUAAGCUAUUCCGGCUAUUAUUGUUUUUUCUCUCAUUCAAUUUAAUUUUGCGUCGAUCUUUGUGAAAGUGGAGUCGCGCUCAGUCAAUUUUACCCAGUUGCGGCUUCUGAAUGCAAAAAGAGCCGGAGAGAGAAAGGAUGGGGGAGGGGCGUGGCAGUUGAACAGAGAAAAAAAAGCGCGCGGCAGCCGGAGCGGAGAACAAUCGGAAAAAGAGCUCACUGAUUGUUGGCCUCUUUUUCUUAUAAUUUUCCUCAUCUUUCUACUGUACAUACUUCUAAUCCAUAUUCAAGCUUCCGAAUUUCCGCACCAACUACCGGUUAAUGGAGAUGGAGGAGUCUAGUUUGGUAAGUGUGGAAAAAGAGAAAAAAGUGAUGCAGUAUCCAUGGGAAACUGUGGGAAAAUCAUAAGUAUUGGGAAAAAUAUAAUGAAAUGCUACAAGAUGCAUGGAUCAAUCCAACGUGUAACCCGAAGCACUUACUCAACAUUUAGGCGCGUAAAACGGACUAAAAUCAUGUUGGUAUCCGGUUUCGCGAUGGCACCACCCUACUUUAUUCAAACGGGUCCCACAUGACUAUGUACGCUAUGAACGCCUCGUUCUGUGUGUACCCUUACCUAACUUUAGUGAGAUGAAAUUGAAGUUGGUUCUGUCAAUGCAUACUUUUCAAAAAUAUUUCCUAUUUAUAACCAUGUUAUAAUCUCAAUCUCAAUAUUGUCUCCGCUUCUAUUCAUGCCAUGCGUUCUAAGGCUUCGCGAAUCUCGAACAAUCCUCUUCUUCGUUCUCAAAUUGUGUUCAUUUCUGAUAUCAUCACAAAAAUUGUGUCCGUACUAGCUGCGUCUACAAAUGCAGAUCGCCUACGUCUUCAUUUUCAAUCAUCUCAACGCGAGUUCUAGUCAUUCCGCACGGAAAACAUGACUUCUUUCCAUCUCAUACCGCGCGAUCCUGAUAUUAAAUCAAAAAGGAAAGGCCAGUUCCAACGUCAUUCGAAAGUGUGCAAAGUGCGCAGGUUUCAAGCCCUUCAAUUAUGCCAAAUUAUAUCCAUUACAGGGCGGACAUGUUCUAUUUCGGUCCGCGCGAGAGUAUUAAGAGCAGAACAGAUUGUUGUGGGGCACAAAUCCUUUCAUUUCCAAUCGGAAAUCGAGCACACUCAGUCCAAUGCCUAUGACUUCUGUAUUUGCUUUUUAUGACGAUGCGUUUGUGUCAGCUGCCAUUGUUCAAAAUAGAUACAUCCGUAGCACCUCUGUUUCAUAGUCAUUUCCAUAACAUCCUCUAUAUUUUGUUCCGUAAUCCCGUAUCCGAGCCCACUGAAUUUGGCAUGAUUAUCACAGAAUAAGUAGUCAAGAUUAGAACGGACAGACGGACGGACACACAUUCAUAUUUCCACCACAACAUUCUUAUCUCCUCUAGUUUUUGCCUACUUGUUUUCUCGAGUUUUCUUGAGUUUUCAUAGAGCAUAACAAGGCUAGUUAGAGCAAAAAAGCAGCAAAAAUUGUCGAGAGGGCAGGAUCGGAUAAUUGUAUUCGGCACAUGUGACUGUGUCGUCAUAAUUAUUGUUAUUAGCCGUUUAUUCUCUGUUCAUACAUCCUUAUUUUCAGAUCGAGCCAGCUGCUCCGAGUGAUGAGCAGCAAGAAGCCGGCUCAUUGUCCGCAACUGCUCAAGAGUCUCGAAAAACCGUCGUGUUUCAAGAACCAGGUAACUGGUCCGAUACGAAAUUUUUUUUUUCAAAAGUGCGCUUCAGACAUUGUUGGGUCCUCGAAUGAGCACGACCAACUAACCAACCCCCACGAUUCUGAGGUUUGUUUGGGGCCUUCUCGAUCAAUAAAUCUAAGGGCGGCGGUGUGUAGGAUAGUAAAGUUAAGCAUUGCCACAUGGAGUUGAAAUAAAGCGGUCCGGGUGAAAAGACGGAAACAACCCGAACCUACUUGCAUUGAGUUCAUCUUUGUUAAAACCCAUUCUUCAGGAGGGCAACCGGAAGAUGUCAUUGGUCGGAAAACCGCUUACAUACAAGAAUUAUCGUACCGAUCAACGUUUUCGAAGAAUGCAGAACAAAAUGCAUAACUUCUUGGAGCGGCCGCGAGGUUGGAAAGCGGCCACCUAUCACCUCGCAGUGUAAGUCUUGAAAUGAGUUUCAGCACUAUUCCUAACUUUUCAGCUUAUUCAUGGUCCUGAUGUGUCUAGCUCUCUCAGUGUUCUCUACGAUGCCCGAUUUCGAAGUGCAAGCGACACUUGUUUUGUAUUAUUUGGUAAGCGAUUAUUGGAAAAUAGUGCACUCUUGUACAGAAUCAAAAUUUAAGGAAAUCGUCUUUGUUAUUUGGCUCGCCACAGAAUACAUUUGCCGUGUCUGGUCGGCAGGAUGUCGGUCGAGAUACCGUGGCAUUAGCGGACGGAUUCGAUUUGCAACUAGUGCUUACUGCGUCAUCGGUACGCACUUUCUGACCAAAUCUUCUGACUAUACAACUACAUUUUCCAGAUAUUAUUGUCAUUCUCGCUUCAAUUACCGUAUUAUGCAUUGGAGCAACCGGACAAGUAUUCGCCGCUUCGGCUAUCCGGGGACUACGAUUCUUUCAAAUUUUACGGAUGCUUCGAAUUGACCGACGUGCGGGGACUUGGAAACUACUUGGAAGUGUCGUGUGGGCUCAUAGACAGGUAAAAAAAGAGAACAAGGAUAAGAACUGACCUGUGCAUUGUUGCCGAGAAGGUAGACUGUCCGACUGACUGGUGUUCAACGGAUCGGACCGUUCUUUUAUUGAAGGCCAACUAGGAAGGAGGCGGUGUCCAGAUGACCUCUUCGAGAACAAUUAGAUAAACAGUAGACCUGCCAAGGUCCACAUUCGUUUGGCUUGUGACGUCUUAUCUUUGAUCUUUGAUCCCUCGAAGGUUACUGUAGAUUGUUGGGUCAGAGCUCAAAUGAACAACAUGAACAUCACGUGAUUUCAGGAGUUGCUCACCACCGUCUACAUUGGAUUUCUAGGACUGAUUUUUUCUUCCUUCUUAGUCUACCUGUGUGAAAAGAACACGAAUGACAAAUAUCAAACGUUUGCCGACGCGUUGUGGUGGGGAGUGGUAAGUUCUAAACUACACACACUACAGACUACACGCACCGGACCACAUUCAGAUUACCCUCUCGACCGUUGGUUACGGUGACAAAACUCCGGAGACGUGGCCUGGAAAGAUAAUCGCCGCGUUCUGUGCUCUUCUGGGAAUCUCGUUCUUUGCUCUCCCAGCCGUAUGAAUGAAUAGAAGCUCAAAGAUAAAAACAAGCGAUUGAUUUCAGGGAAUCCUAGGCUCAGGUUUUGCACUAAAAGUGCAACAGCAUCAACGUCAAAAGCAUCUGAUCCGCAGACGAAUCCCGGCUGCCAAGCUUAUCCAAUGUCUCUGGCGUCACUAUUCCGCGGCGCCGGAAUCCGUCUCACUUGCCACGUGGAAAAUACAUUUGGCUAGGGAACUUCCUCCACUGUGAGUAUUUCAGUUAACUAUUAAGGGACAGCUCAAAAUGUACAUAUUUUUAGUGUGAAACUGACGCCAAAUGGAAGCAACAAUGCGACUGGACUCAUAAAUCGUCUGCGUCAAAGCACGAAACGGAGUCCCAACUCUAACGCGCAAAACCUCAACGCUAACGCGCACUCUUCUUCGAAAAACUUGUCGGUUCCACGUGUUCACGACACUAUCAGCCUUGUUUCCACUUCCGAUAUCUCUGAGAUUGAGCAACUUGGAGCUCUUGGAUUUUCACUUGGUACGCAAACAUUUUUUAUACUGGUUUGAUAAUGACAAUAUGUAACUGAAGGUUGGAAAACAAAGUCAAAGUACAGCGGUUCGAGAAAAGCCGCCGACGAUUCCAUGUUGCAGUCCAGGAUGCUUGCUCAAUCGAAUGCUCACGCACUUGACGGUAAAUCACAAUUUUUCUUCAAUUCGCAUGAAAAAAACGGUGUAGUUUUGUCCUCCCCGAUCACAACGAUUCGAUUUCAACAUUCUCUGAGUGCGUAGACUAUGUAAAACUGCAAAAGAGCUGUUUCGAAAUAGUGGUUUCCAACAUCUUUCUACUCACCAUUCUUUCCCUCUUCUAACUCUAUCCCUCCACUUGCCACGUCACUCUUCCUUUCUCCUUUCUCUCUGUCCUAUCGUCUUCAUCUCGCGUGUGAUCGAAUGGUGUGCCUCCAUUUCUCUAGACGUACGACGGCGUUCUCGGAGAUCCGCCUCGCUGUGUCGUGACGUAACCAACAAUGGCCAACAAUUGCGACCCCUCCAACCACGGUCCACGCUCUCGGACAGCGAUGUCAUUGGAGAUUACUCGUUGAUGAUGGCACCCAUUUACCAGUGGUGCGAACAAAUGGUACGUAGAAACAAUACGCCGGUCGAGGAUGGCGUGUGGAGCCAAUUAUCACAACUAACAACGUGUGCCACACGACGCGCCGAGGACAUUUCAGAUGUGGACGGUGAGCAAGAACAAUGGAAAAUUGCUAAUGAAUCAGUGAUUGACAUUUCUCUCCCCAACCAAACCAAAUGAUUACAAUAUCUAACCUUUCGAGAGAAAAUUAUUUUUUGCGCACUAAUGCCACGUUUUUGCCAUGUGGAAUGGAAUGCUGCUUCGUCAUCAGGAAUGCAUUUAGACUUCACGAAAACCGUUUCAUUUUUGCUUUUGCUUUCAACCUUCUCAGUUUCCUAAAUGUUCUUUUUUCAUUCUCACAGUAGUAGAAUAAUCUGUUUUGUAAGAAAAUUUUUGGAGAAAAAAGUGAAAAUAAGAAGGGUAACAUUUCAGAGGAAGAAACCAUUGGAUAUCAACCGCAAACCAUUGAGGAGUUCACCCCGGCUCUCAAAAACUGUGUCCGUGCAAUUCGCCGUAUUCAACUUCUUGUUGCUCGGAGAAAAUUCAAAGAAGCUCUAAAGCCUUAUGAUGUGAAAGAUGUGAUCGAACAGUACUCCGCUGGCCACGUGGAUCUGCAAAGUCGUGUAAAAACGGUUCAAGCGAAAUUGGACGUGAUUUGUGGAAAGAAUAUUGAGAAACUGGAUCCGAAAAUCUCAAUGUACAGCAGAAUUGCUACAUUGGAGACUACAGUAAGCCGAAAACAUUUUAUAAAUAAACAUAAGUAUAUUUCAGGUUGGAAAAAUGGAUAAGAAACUGGAUUUAAUGGUUGAGAUGCUGAUGGGGAGACAGGCCGGCCAGAGAGUCUUCACUCAACAAACAUCUCCGAGAGAUGAGUUGAGUGAGCCGAGUAGCGCUCGCCGGGACAUGGCAAGACGGUCCGUUACAAGUACUGAUAUGGAAAUGUAUACAGCAAGGUUUGAUUGACUUGGAAACAUUUAAUUAUAUGUACAAAGUCGAACAUUCCAGAUCUCAUUCGCCCGGAUACCUCGGAGAUGCCCGUCCGGCCGUUCCUCACACAGCGGAGGAGGAAAAUGAUGAUGAUGUGAUGGUGGAUGAUGAAACUAGUCCACUGAAUAACGGGCCCAGCACGUCCAGCCACUGUUGA